CAAAUAUGGCUGCCCCCUUGGAGUUGUUCUGUUGGAAAGGCGACCACGGAUUACCUUCGGUAGAUAUCGACUGCUUAACCGUGCUGCAUGGCAGUCAGGAGCCGCAAACCGCACUGGAAUUUACAGAGCGGCAGCGCUGCCGUUUGAUCUUCUUUUAUGGUGCUGUCGAGACCGGCUGGAAAUAAGAUGCUAUCUCAGGCCUAUGCCAAGUUUGCUGGAGCUCCUCUUAAAGUUCACAAAAUCACCAACCCAUGGAGAAGCCCUACAGGUACUCUGCCUGCUCUGAAGACCAGGGAAGAAGGAAGCAUCUCCCAGCCCAGUAAGAUCAUCAUUCAUCUCAGGAAACAGAAGUACAAUGCAGACUAUGACCUAUCGGCAAAGGAGGGUGCAGAUACACUUGCCUUUGUCUCUCUACUGGAGGAGAAACUGUUACCGGCACUGAUCUACACGCUGUGGAUAGACUCUAAAAACUAUGUGGAUGUUACACGGUGCUGGUAUGCAGAAAACAUCUCCUUCCCUCUCAACUUCCUGCUACCCAACCGCAUGCAUGGCCAGCAGCUGGAGAAGUUGAGGCUCGUGAGGGGAGACCCAGUCCUGGAGGCCGGUGAACAGCUGGAGAAAGAGCUUUAUCGGGAUGCAUUUGAAUGUAUGACCCUGCUGUCUCAGAGACUGGGAUCACAGAAGUUCUUCUUUGGAGACUCUCCCUCAUCGCUGGAUGCGUAUGUGUUUGCACACCUGGCUCCUCUGUUGAAGAUCAAACUGCCUAACGGAAAGCUCCAGCAGCACCUCAACUCUCUGAACAACCUUCAGCAGUACUGCGCCAACAUCCUAGCACUCUACUUCCCCUCUGAUACACGAGAGGCACCGGGUCGUAAGGUUCAUGCUCAGCCUGACAGCAGCGACUUCGACAACGAGCCCCACAAGCGCCGUAACCAGAUCCUGUCUGUCCUGUUCGCUGUGGGAGCCAUGCUGGGCUACGCCAUCCUCACCGGGAUCGUUACGCUCAAGCGUGAGCGGCCGCAGCUGAAGACCUCCAGCCACGAAGAGGAGGAGGAUGAAGACGAGGACUGAAGAAAGAAGAAAACACGGGAUGGGAGCCACAAGAGACGACAUGCGCACACGAUCACUCACCCGGCGUUCAGAGUGAAGCUGCACACACUAUUACCUCAGUCCUUUAUAAUCUCCCAUCAUGCACGUGUGCGCUAUAACGAGAGUCGCUCACUUGAUGAAGCCUCAAGCGAGCCCAUAUUGGUGCUUUUUAAUUAUUGUUAGUAUAAUUGUUAUUAUAAUAGCUGUGAUCUGUAACUUUGUCAGGUCUCGAACAGAAAGGAAUUUUGACUUUUUUUUUGGGGGGUCAUUAAAAAGACGUAUCACAGUUUUAAUGGUUUAUCUACUGGUCGGCGAAAAAAGAAAAUGAAAAAUCUGCAUAAAUGUGAGGAAAUUGGUCUGUGCUGUUAGUUAAAAAGUAAUACUUUGUACAUCGCUCAUAUACGUCAUAACGGCCCUUAUGAAAAUUAACCAUAGUUUUAUUAUAGUAAAAGUGUGGUAGUCGUGUUCUUUUUGGCAGAUUGAUUACCAUUUAGAUGACCAUAGUUUUACUACAAAUACCGUGAUUCGUUUGUGGUUACCAAUAAUAAUAACAAUGGCAACAUAACUUAAUGAUUUAUUAAUAAUAAUAAAUUUCAUACGUUAGCACUAGUAUUAAUAUUGUAAGUAAUAUGACCUUAAUUAAACUAAAAGAGCUGCAGUCUGUUAGUUUUGCCUCUUUGUCGCCAUCUCUGUUUGAAAACAUUGAGUUUCAGUUCCUUGUAUUUGUCCUCCUCCAGUAGUUUGUACUCAGGCACGGCUCCAGCGCCUAUUCAUCAGAUUUGAGGAGCGAGUCAGUCCCUGCACUGGAAUGAGUGAAUCCUGUCCUUAGUUUUCAGAUACAUAGCCAUUUAAAACUAAAAUAGAAUUUUUUCAACAUGAUUGAUUUUUAUCUCCGAUUGCAUAAUAAUGGGCAACGACGUUUCAAAUAAUUCAUUCUGAAUUACAAUCUGCCAUCAAAAUAUGUUUUUUACAUCCAAUCAUUCCAGCUGCUGUGAGAAUAGCCUUUGAUGAACCUCUGCUCCAGCUGCAGGACCCGGGACGGCUUUUUUAUGUUUACAGAUCUGACGUAAAGACGCAGUGCCACGCUCCAGUUUCCCGCAAAACCUACACGUACCACUCAAACCAGAAAACAUUAUCACAAGCUAACCGUUGUGAAUUGGGCUGAAGGCGAUAGAUAGGCUGGUUAUGUACUUGCUCAAAUACUGAUUUCGGAUGAUUUGUAAAAAAAAAAAAAGUUACGGACUGCAGCUUUAAAGUAAACCCAAAUCUUCUAAGCAACGUGAUUUUUUUUUCUUACAAAAAUUAUGUCUUGUUUUUGUGUGUGUGUGUUUUAUUUAUAGUAAAACCAAGGUUAAUUUUUAUAAAGGGAAUUUUAAAAGAAGUGUUAACAGCUGCACCAUUACACUUUCAGACAAGCCAUAAAUAUUGCAUUAAUUUGGUGCAGUGACCUGAUAUUCUGUCCUGCAGACUAAACAUGCUGUCAAGCUGUAUUAACGUUUCCAACGCGUUGCAGAAAUCACGCAGAGUAAACUCGUCAGGCUUCUCAUCUUAAAACCAACCAUCUAUGAGCUCUUUGACCACUCCAGACCCAAAGCUUUAUAAAUCAGCCAGAUUUUAAAGCUCUUCUGAGAACCGCCGAGGAGAACUUUAUUUCUUGCCAAACACUGCGCUCACUUGAAACCCAAGGCACGCUGGGAUUAACCCUUUUUGUUUCUCUGAGGCCACACUUGACCGAUACCUCUCUGGGUCGAACCUUCUCAAAGAGCCUUCCACAAAACGGCUUUGCUGUCAGUUGGCGGCAACAACUGUUAAAUCGAGAAAGGAUUCCUCUUUCGUUGUGCAAUGUUUGGAUUGGUACAUGCCGUUCAUCUUCUGUAUUUUGUUAAGUCUAUAAAUAAUAAAAAGAAAUCGGCAUGACUGUGCAGUAGCAGUA